AUGGGAGAAAAGCUCACGAAAGACCUUCUCACACCGGUAGAAGACUCUCCCGGUCGUUCCUCAGGUCAACAAGACACCCACGAUGCGAUCUCCAUCGAUCGGAUCUCCGCCACGAAUGGCGCUAGACCACUCGAUCCUGCCUCAGAAGAGUACAAACUCAUGGAGAAAAAGCUGAUCUGGAAGGUGUUGGGAAGCGUUUACAAACCUUCCUUCGCCAUCAAAGAUGAUCGCAACUCCAUCACCGCUGCUCGAGACAACGGUCUGGUUCGAGACCUGAACCUUCUCGACACAGAAUACCAAACCGCUCUCUCGAUCCUCUAUGUCGGUUACAUUACUUUCCAGAUCCCGUCGAACAUGAUGAUGACAAAGCUGGGCCGACCGUCUCUGUACAUUGCAAGCUUCGUCGUUGUAUGGGGGAUCGUUUCUGGAUGCACCGCUGCUGCUACUGGAUAUCACUCGCUGCUUGCUAUCAGGGUUUGCCUUGGUAUAGUAGAAGCGGCCUUCUUUCCAGCCGCAUUGGCGCUACUUUCUUUCUUCUAUCGCAAAGAAGAGAUGGCAACGAGGACAGCAUUGCUCUUUUCCGGAAGUAUCAUCAGCAAUGCUUUUAGCGGGUUGAUUUCGGCGGCAAUCUUGAAAGGAAUGCAGGAUAAAGCAGGACUGCCGGCGUGGAAAUGGCUCUUUAUUCUGGAGGGAAUCGUUACGGUUGUGAUUGGAGUUUGCGCUGUGUUUAUUCUUCCUGACAUGCCCGGCAACUCCAAGUUUUUGAGCCCGGAGGAGAGGCAGAUGGCGGUCAACCGUCUUUGCCUUGAUGCAGGUACAAGUCUCUCGCCCAAUGACGAAGAAGGAACAGCAGUACAAGGAUUCAUCAUGGCAGUAAAAGACAUCAAAGUUUGGCUCCUUGCCUUUAUGCUUACCGCCGUCACCGUCGGGGUUGGCUUUAACCAGUUCUUCCCCACCAUCGUCGGUUCUCUGGGCUACUCCAAAACGGUAACCCUGCUUCUGACGGCACCUAUCUGGUUCUUCGCCUUCCUUGCAUGUCUCGCAAACGGUCUCCACUCCGACCGAACACAAGAACGAAGCCUGCAUAUCAUCAUCCCUCUUGUUUUCGGCAUUGUUGGUUUUAUCAUUGCGUCGACUACCACCGGGUUGGGCCCUCGCUUCUUCGCGUUGUUCAUCCAAGCUUCUUCCUAUGCUGGCUACACUUGCGUUCUCGGUUGGAUCGCUCCUUCGAUCCCCACUCCCAAAUAUAAAAAGGCAGUAGCCCUGGCACUGAUUAAUGCUUUCUCGCAGCUCGGAAAUAUUAGCGCCAGUUACGUUUGGCCAAAGAAAUGGGGUCCUAAGUACUGGCAGAGUAAUACGAUCAGCGCGGCCAUGUUCGUAGCAUGUAUCGCACUCGUCCUGUUGCAUAGGACAAUGUUGAGUAUGGAGAAUAAGGAGUUGGAUAGGAUCAAGGCUGACCUGCUGGCCAACGGUGGCAGUGGGGGGCUGCAGAAGGAGGUAUUGGAGGGCAAGGCAGUCGAUGCGAAAUCGAAGAAAGCGCAGACGCGGAUUGCGAUGGCUAAGAGUUCUUUCCGAUACAUGCUAUAA